GCAGGACAAGCCACCGCCUUCCCGAGUGGGAGCUGCCCCAGCUGGAGACGGUGGCCUGCCGGGACCUGACGUCCCGCAGUGCAUCCUGGGAUGCCUGAUGUCUGGGGAGGCUAUUGGUCUCGCUCUGCGGAUCGGCAGGAGGAACAGCCAAUCAGGGGGCAGCAUGAGGAACGGGCGGAAGCGGAAAUGAGGUUUCCGUGGAGACAGCCGACCCUGCGGAAGACGGCGGCGGCACCUGCGAGCGGAGGCCGGGGCAGGAAUGGUGGCGCGGACUGCCCUGUGAGAGCAAAGCGGCCGCGGGGUCCGCCAUGUGCCGGCGGCCCUGACAUGGGCACCAGCGGCUCCAAAGCUCGAGGGCUGUGGCCCUUCGCCUCGGCGGCGGGGGGCGGCGGCCCGGAGGCGGUGGCCGCGGAGCAGGCUUUGGUGCGUCCGCGAGGCCGAGUCGUGCCCCCCUUCGUAUUCACGCGCCGAGGCUCCAUGUUCUACGACGAGGAUGGAGAUCUCGCUCACGAGUUCUACGAGGAGACGAUCGUCACCAAGAACGGGCAGAAGCGCGCCAAGCUGAGGCGGGUGCAUAAGAACCUGAUUCCUCAGGGCACCGUGAAGCUGGACACCCCCCGCAUCCACGUGGACUUCCCUGUGAUCCUCUACGAGGUGUGAGCCUGGGGGUUCAGGCCUAAGCACCUCCUGCCUCAGCAAGAAACCCUCAGGCUCAAGGCGUGGCUUCCACCGAGGAGCUAGGCUGAAGCCACUAUCCCGAUUAAACUCCACGGCCUGGCCGCCGCCGCCGUGAGCCGGGCAGUCCCGCA